ACAUUCUGUAAAAAUAAGAACGACGAUAGCGCUGACAAAACAAGACAGACGGCGACGACGGUGGCAGACCGAAAAGCCACAUAUCUUUCACAAAAAUAAGGUUUUAGCAUCCUAGCCUAGCCAAACGCGGCACCAUGUAUAACGGGGUCGGUCUAACCACAGCCCGUGGUAGCGGCACCAAUGGGUUCGUCCAGCGAAACUUUGCCUUGGUGCGCAACCAGAAGCAGAAGGUGGACUACAAGUCUGAGGAAGAGAUCAAGAAGGCAGAGGCACUCCUCUACAGACCUCCUAACCAGGAGAUCCUGGCCCAUAAGAGGAAGCGACAGGUGGAACUCAAGUGCACGGAGAUGAAGGAAGUCAUGGAGGAACAAGGAACAUACAGCAAAGAAGAGAUUGAAAAGAAAGUGAGUGCUUUUCGAAAGAUGUUGUUUGACAAGGAAGGAAUCUCUGAUCUCGCAGGCAAAGCAACUCCUGAAAGGGCUAAUUUGACAGACACACAUGAGAUAGCAGAAGCUAAAGAGAAACAGAAUGCCAAACUGAGAGAAGCUUUUGGCAUCAAGGAUGGUUAUGUUGAUGGCAGCUCAUUUGACCCCGAGAGAAGGGCGAAGGAAGCAGAAGCCAAAGCUAUGGCUGAGAAGAAAUAUGAAAUUUUGAGAGACCCAAGUCCAUCACCAUCGCCACCUCCAAAGAAGAAGAAAAAGAAAAGCGGACACAGAAGCCAUUCAGAAAGUCGGUCACCAGCAAGAAAAGAGAAGAAGAAAAAGUCACACAAGUCUAAGCAUUCAAGAUCUGGAAAGAAGAAAAAGAGUAAAAAACACAGGAAGGACAAAAAGAGCAGUCACAAGAGUAAGGACAAGUCUGAUAAACACAGAAGUAGCAAGAGAAGCCAUCGCCAUCGGUCUAGAGACGACAGCGAAUCAGAAUCUGGUCUAGAGUCAGCAGGGUCCUCACCAGAGAGAAGUCGCCGUUCACAUCACUCCCGCUCUCCAGAUUCUAAGAGUCACAAGAAGGAGGAGAAUGGCAAAAGCAGCAAGAAAAGACGAUCAUACUCCUCCGAUUCUGACCGGUCAAGGAGCUACUCGCGCUCCCCGGAGAGGAGGUCACGUAGAAGGUCAAGGUCUAGAAGUAGAAGGUCUCACAGCUACUCCAAGGAGCGUCGACGCUCGAGGUCCCGUUCUCUCAGUUACUCCCCAUAUGAACGCCGCAAGUCGAGAAGCAAGAGCCCUACUUCCAAGACCAAGGAGAAGAACUUUUCACCGAUCCGCAAACGCCGGGAUUCCCCUAGCUUUUUAGACAGGAGGAGAAUCACAAGCAGUAGGAGAUCAUCCAGCCGAGAUCGCAGCUACUACAAUGAUCGUAGCAGACAUCGACGCAACAGCAGGGACCGCAGUCGAUCACGGUCAAGAUCUCGAGAUAGAGAUCGCUACUACAGACGAUGAGCGCACCGCCCCAAUCUUCACACAAUUGCGAGAAAGUUGCCGGUUCCGUACGACAGGCCCGCAGCCAGCCCAGCACACUCGGACUCCUCACCCUACAGCCACCAUGGGGAACAUAGGUCAUACAGCAGGUCACCUUCAAGAUCACGUGACAAAUCACAUGAUACCAGAUCACAUGAUAAGUCCCCGGGAGGGACAUCAGUUCGGUGACUGGCAGUUAUGAUUGGUCAAGAAGGAAACAUUAGCCGGUAAAUUCUAACUGAAACAAAAAAAGUUUUAGAAAUGAAAUAUCAUAAAAUUGCCUUGUUUACUAUGCUAGUAAACAUGCAGCGGAAUGAAAUAGAUUAUUUAACCAAAAAUAACAUUUUGGCAAUACGAGUUAUAUGACAGUGCAAUUUAGAACCUUUAUGUACGUGGUGGAUCUAUUCCAGUUGUAUAUAAAUGAUAGGGUCAAAAGAAUCUGUGUGUGAAUUUCUUGUACAGGAUGAUAAUGACAUUUUCCAGUCAUUUAAACGUUAAACCUUGUGUAUUAUAAACUAGUUUUGCUUUGAAGUAUUUAAAGUUACAUUUAGUAUUUUCUUUGCAAAAUUCAUUUAAACCCAACCUCUGAUAGUUAGUGUUUAAAACAGAAAUCAAAUAUAUCCCAGGGUAGUGUUUAACAAGAAUGUUCUUAGAGAUAAAAUUUCAAAUUACUGACAUCUUUAAAUGUUACUUUGCAUACAAAGCAGUAUGGUGUUUGCAAACUCGAACUAUGAAGCAGUGAUAUGAUGCCCCAGUCUGCUUUUGUUAAGGCCUAAUCGAUUUAUGAAUAGUAGUUUAGAAUGGUGGGCUUAACCACAUAUAAUAUUGAUAAUAACAAUUUGGUACAUUGUCUAUAUAUUCUUCAAGAUCUGUUUUAAUAAAAACAAUCUUUGCAAUGGAAACUGGACAUUCCACUCUUCAUUCUUAUGUUCACCACUUUCAUUGUGACAAGAUAAAUGCUUUCCAGAUUAAUUUUUUUUUAAAUCCUAUUCUAUUCAUGACCAGUCAUAACUGCCUAGCUUGCCAGGGGAUGAUUCACUAACAAUUGAAAUCAAUUUGAAGUGCGAUAACAUCAAUUUAAGAUUGGUAUACAGCCAUUUCAGAAUUGAUUUUAUUUGUGGAUGAGUCAUCCCCCUGAUUUUCUCGGGAACGUGUAAUAUUGCUGCUGUGUAAUAUAUUUCUUAUAUCUCGGUUUGAUUUUGUUUUCUUUAAGAGUUCCAGGAUACAUUCAUACAGGAGGAUAAUCAUUCUCUUUGCUGUAUAUAUAUUUCGUCAUCAGUUCUCAUGAAUUUGAAUACUGAUUAUUUAUUCUUCCAUUACUUGUAUCGUUUGUGUUAACAUUACUACAUGUAGAGAAGAAAAGACUGGUAUUCCCUCAUUAAGCUUUUAUGUGUAGUCAAGUGGGAUGCCUUAAUCACUCACACAGGUAAAACCGACUUCAGACCAACCGAAUCUAUCAAAUUAUUUACCAUGAUGGACCGACAUUUGGUUUGGAGUCGGUUAAAGUUGGUGUGACUAGCAUCAAGCCUUGCUCAGGUAUGAUGCAACACAGCUCAGCAUAUGUUCAUCAACACUCCUACACUGAAACCGUCAAAAAUAAUUGUUCAGCUUUGCAGGGACAACUUGCCGGGUUGUAAUGAUUUUCAUCAUGACAUCCUAUUACAUGUAAAUGGUGCCAUAAUGAUUUUAUCAUUAUUUCGAAAGUUUUUCGUUUUUUUGUGCUAGCUUUUUACAGAAUUUGAUCGGUCUACAUGUUUUGUUGUUUGACAAGUUGUCAGAUCCGAUAGUUUUCCUUGAUUUUGAUUGGGUGUGAAGCAAAAUUGUCUAAAAUUGUCUAAAAUGUUUAACUUUCAGAUGAACCAGUGGGUGCCUCUUAUUCCUCUGACUUUGUAAACUCAAAAGGUUUUUGCUGAGCUCUGUUCUGCUUUGUUGUACCAAGUCUGAACAAGUCUGUAGCUUCACACCAAGUAGUGUUAAAGGGGGGAGGGGGGGCUAGCAGAAUCUGUAUGCACACAUUUUCAAAAUAUAGUCCAAAACUGUAAAACCUAAAACCUAGCAAUUAUUGAUACGUAAGUCACAACCACUCUAGACAGUCGGUGUGACUAGCAUCUAUUUCAGGAGGUAUUCUUUUCUGUAUGAGCACAUUUAUUUGUUACAAUACGAGCCUCUUUUGUCAAAUCAGUGUUCAGUAAAAUGAGAAACACAAUCAACCAAUUAAUCGAUAUCAAUCACAAGUUUAUGGUAUACAAUUCACUUAAGAGUUAAAUUGAUUGCCAGAUGAAUAAAUAGGGCACUUGUCAGUCAUUUGUUGAACCCUUUGUUGGUUAUCUUUAAGCACUGUAAUGUAUGCCUUAACUUUGUAAGAGAGUCAAAACUCAUUGAUAUACAAUAUGCAUUUUUAGGAGUCCUUUCUGUGUGCUGUGGCUUUGUACUAUUUAGUAUUGUAUUUUCCUGCUUUUGAAGGAAUUGUACAUAGUUGUAUUUAAAGAAUAAAUUUGAGAAACUUCAAAAUUUUGUGUUGCUCAAAAACUUUUGAAGCUAAGAAGUCAAAGGGGAAUCCAGCCUUGGUCAUUAAAUGUUGUGUUAGAAAGGAGAAAAAUAGAUAAAACAGAAUUGUGAAAGUUUGAAAGAAAUGGGCCAAGCAAAGAAAGUUCUGUCUGUUUUAAAAUUGAGAUCCCUAAGACUAGGAGUACAUGGAAGAGUAGUCCUUGCAUUACAUCACUAUGACAUCACAUAUGCGGCCAAUUUGAUGUCUCCAUGGGUAUAGUAAUUAUCAAUAAUAACAACUUUUAAAAAAUUCAUAACUUUCUUAUUGUUUGUCCGAUAUUGUUCAAACUUUCACCUAUCAACUUGUCUGAUUUUCCUUUUUUUCUUUAAAAACAAGCUUUUAUUUGGGUUGGAUUCCCCUUUUAGAAAAGUGCAAAGUGGUACUUUAUACUUGUUGCCUGCAACAAACAUGGAUUGUGCCAAGUUUAGAACACAUGUGCGAAAUGACAUGAAUUUCCACAUUAUGGGAAGUUCAGUUAAUAUGUGCUCAGAAUAAUUUGUACCAUUACCCUUCUUUUUAUUCUAGUUGAUUUCAUAUCAUGUCAACCUUUAAGAAUAAUAUUGAUGUAUUGACCAAUUUUCCUAAAUGAUUUGCAGGUCAUCAUUACAAGUUUUGAUAUUAAGGAAAUAUUAACUACCAUAACCACAAUUUUGAUCAGUAUAUGUGUUGCCCCAUUUACAAUGGAGUUUUUAACUGCACAUUUUCCCAAGUUGUAGAGUAAUGUGUAUGAAGUUCAGCAAGAUUCCUAGAAAGUUGAUGUUUAUAGGAUACCUCAUGUAAUUUUUAUCAAGGGAUAUUAUCCAUGGUUGUCUUUUUAGAAAAGAAAAUUUGUGAAAACAUUGGUAAACAAUUUGCCUAUUUCAAUAGAUCAAGAUAUCCUACUUUCUAUUGUGAAUGUUACAGGAUCAUUCCUCUUCAAGAAAUUCAUGUGUAGUGUAGAAUAUAUGUUCUCUUUUUCAUGCCUUCUUUUUCAUCUCCUUCAUUUCCCCACCAUUAAUCUUCCAACCUAAUAGUCCUCGUCGGGACUGAUCUUUGGGUGAACCUUAUACCCAUUCAAGAUCUAUUUUGCCAUCAAUAUCAAGGAAAUGAUAAUAUAUGUACUGAUCAUAAUAGUGUCAGAGAGAAGUUUGCUUGUUUUGUCACAUUUUGCAGUAAUUUAUUGUAAUAGUGUAGUAGGUUUCAUGGAAAAUUAUGUAUCUUUAAUGGGCAAAUGUUGGUCCUUAAAAGGACCACUUAAACUCGACGUUUCGACAAGUGUGUACUUAUCGUCUUCAGGAGAAUGAGCAAAGUAUGUAAAAGCAGGUCUUAUAACUGUGUCAAGGUUGCCAUAUGCACGGUGCCUUGCAGGGUACAUGUCUCUGAUUGGCUGGAUAAGUCACAUGACAUCCACAUAUACGGACGUGGGUGACUGCACACAAAUUGGCGUGCAAAACCAGCGACGACCGGAAAUGCCGCCAAUUAUCAUUCCUUCCAAAAUGGCAUGAAUGACAAAAGCCGCUAAUUGUGCCCAUAUCACUGUAACGUUCACACGUGUGUGAAACGUCACAACAUAUUUAGCGUCUCAGUUAUGUGUGUAUGGGGAGAGCAUUUGGAUUUUUUAAAACAAAAUGGCAAAUAGAUCUCCCUUUUUUUCAAUUUAGUUUUGUGAAUCUCAUUGAAAUCCUCAGUUGCAAGAAGGGAGUGUUUCACAAAGUUAAAUGUGACUUUAAAGUCAUACUUAAACACCAACAUGUAUAUAGAAUAAAAUGUGUAACCGCAUCGAUGACUACGAAUAUGCAGUUAUUGUGCAUCACCCAUGCAUGAUCUGGACAAUGAGGUGAUGCGUUAUGUAUUGCACACACACAGCUGGGAAUUUAGGUGCAUUUAUUUUAGUUGCACUUUAAUCUUUGUGAAACAUCCUUUAUGCAAUAAUUAGGAUUCACAAUUCAAAUGCAAUUAUAGCCAUCAUGUGGAAAUGAAAUCUCACAUGUAAUGAAUCAGUGGGGUAAGGCAAAGUACUGUUAUAAGCAUUUUGGCUGUAUGGUACCACUUUACUCCUGUGCUGUUGUUGGGGUUUCAUGAUAUUAUGAGUAUUUUCUGUUGUAUUCAUUUGCGAGUGGACAGAAGAGAUGAAAUAAGAAAAUACUGUACAUGUACAUAUGAAUAAAGUAAAUACAACCAUUCA